UUGACAUAUACCAUCCUUCGGUGAGUAAUCAGACAUUGGAUAUCUGCCAGGAAGGCAACGCAAGUGGAAGUAUUCCAGCUUUCCAGAUCAUAAAAAAGAGAUAAACCAGGCUAAUACAUGAAGAGUUGUAGUUUGUAGAAGAAAAUGAAGUGUGGUGGUGGCUUUAGUAAACACAAUGCUCUGCUUCUGUUAUUAUUGUCCAUGGCCACCAUCAUGGCAAUAGAAACCGGUGUAGUCCAGGGCCAAUCCACGGUGACAUGUACAAAACUGCUAAGCCCAUGCUCCCGGAGGGUGUUCAAGUGCCCAGCUGAGUGCCCGCUCACUAGACCCUCCAAUCCAUAUGCCAAAGCAUGCUUCCUUGACUGCAACUCACCCGUUUGCCAACCAGUCUGCAGACACCGCAAACCCAGUUGCAGCGGUAUAGGAUCAGGGUGCUACGAUCCACGCUUCAUUGGUGGAGAUGGCGUGGUGUUCUACUUUCACGGGAAGAAAGACGAACACUUCAGCCUGGUCUCUGACCCCAAACUUCAAAUCAACGCGCGUUUCAUGGGUCUCAGACCGGCUGGUAGAACCCGAGACUUCACAUGGAUCCAGGCGCUGGGCAUCCUGUUCGGUCCUCCUCAUCACUCUGCAUUAACAGUUGAGGCCAUUCCAACCAAACACUGGGAUGACACCGUGGAUCAUCUCAAGUUGUCAUUCAAUGGGGAGGACUUGGAAAUUGCAGAAGGGCAUCUGUCUGGGUGGACAUCAGAGUCGGAGGAGGUUACAUUUAUUAGAGUGGAGAGGACUGGGAGCAUGAACAGCGUGAUGAUCACAGUGGAGGGCCUUGCGGAGUUGUCGGUGACCGUGGUUCCCAUAACCAGGGAAGAUGAUAAGGUUCAUGGUUAUGGUAUACCCGCUGAUGACUGCUAUGCUCAUCUGGAUGUCCAGUUUCGGUUCUUGGGGCUCUCCACUCAAGUCGAAGGAGUACUCGGCCGGACAUACCGUCCAGAUUUCGAGAACACAGCCAAGGCAGGCGUUGCAAUGCCGGUCGUUGGCGGAGAGGACAAGUACAGGACUUCGUCACUCGUGUCUCCAGACUGCACACAUUGUGUCUUUAACCCGUCACCAGACCUUUAAUUAAUUAAGCACAAUCUUAUCACACACACACUAUAUAUAUAUAUAUAUAUAUACUGUUCAAUUCAUCGUCAUUCAACGCCCUCUGCGAUUAUCAUUCACUAAGGAAAUGAGAUGAAAAAAACAGUAAUGAAGUUUGUUCGCUAUUUAUUGGUCAAUAAAUUCUGCUUGUUGAGA